GAAGUCUCAGAGUUGUUUACUGAGCACAUGAUGUAAACUUCGGCACUUCCUCCAGCAAUCCCAGGUUCCUUUCCCAACCUCCUCUUAAGCUUCUCCGGGAGUUUCCUCUUUCCCGGGCUCAGCCACGCCCCUCCCGCCUUUUCAGUUCUGCUUGUCCUCCCUCGGGGAAGCAGUCUCCACUCUCUCUCCCGCCUCUCCAGCACCCGGUGGGGGCGGGGGGCUGCCCCAGUCCUGUACCCCAGCCUCCUCUUAGCCCGCCGCACCUGCCCCGCCUUCCAGCCCCAGGCCGGCUGGCGCGGCGCAGGCGCACCAGGCGUGGACCGGAGGCCGAGGGCUACCACAGCAGCUUCGGCCUCCACCUCCUCCUGCCGCAUCCGCGCGGGGCUGGUCGGCAGUCACCGGGGCCGCGCUGGGCAGGGGCUCCGCGGGCCGCGUGUUGUCAUGGGCGCGGGCUGGAGCACCGACGAGGAGCGGCAGCCACUGCUAGGGCCCGGACUCGGGCCUGCGCCGGGGACUGUCUGGAGAAGCCGGGAGGCGGCGGCGGCGGCGGCGUCCGGGGUACCCGCGGCGGUCCCGGGUCCCGGACGGGUCUACGGGCGCCGCUGGCUGGUGCUGCUGCUCUUCUCGCUGCUGGGGUUCGCGCAGGGCCUGGUCUGGAACACCUGGGGCCCCAUCCAGAACUCGGCGCGCCAGGCCUACGGCUUCUCCAGCUGGGACAUCGCGCUGCUCGUGCUGUGGGGGCCCAUUGGCUUCCUGCCCUGCUUCGCGUUCAUGUGGCUCCUGGACAAGAGAGGUCUUCGGGUAACUGUGCUUCUGACAUCCUUCCUUAUGGUUUUGGGAACUGGUCUAAGAUGCAUACCUGUAUCAGACUUAAUGCUUAAAAGAAGAUUAAUCCAUGGAGGACAGUUGUUAAAUGGAUUGGCAGGUCCAACGGUAAUGAAUGCAGCUCCAUUUCUCUCUACGACGUGGUUUUCUGCAGAUGAACGGGCCACUGCCACAGCCAUUGCAUCAAUGCUCAGUUAUCUUGGUGGAGCAUGUGCAUUUUUAGUUGGGCCACUUGUUGUUCCAGCCCCCAAUGGAACAUCACCUCUUCUUGCUUCAGAGACUAGCAGGACCCACAUUAAAGAUCUCAUAGAGACUGUAUUAUAUGCAGAAUUUGGAGUUGUCUGCUUACUAUUUUCUGCAACACUAGCUUAUUUCCCACCUCGGCCUCCACUUCCUCCCAGUGUUGCUGCAGCUAGCCAGCGACUGAGUUAUCGGCGGAGCUUUUGUAGAUUAUUAAGCAAUAUGAGAUUUUUGAUGAUUGCUUUAGCAUAUGCCAUACCACUUGGUGUAUUUGCUGGCUGGUCUGGAGUUCUGGACUUAAUUUUAACACCAGUGCAUGUCAGUCAAGUAGAUGCUGGCUGGAUUGGAUUUUGGUCCAUAGUUGGAGGCUGUGUUGUUGGAAUAGCUAUGGCAAGGUUUGCAGAUUUUAUCAGGGGUAUGCUGAAACUAAUUCUUCUCCUCCUGUUUUCUGGGGCUACACUGUCAUCCACGUGGUUCACCCUGACCUGUUUGAACAGCAUCACACACCUGCCUUUAACCACAGUGACAUUAUAUGCCUCCUGCAUUCUCCUGGGAGUGUUCUUGAAUAGCAGUAUACCUAUAUUUUUUGAGCUUUUUGUGGAGACUGUCUACCCAGUUCCAGAAGGAAUUACUUGUGGAGUUGUUACUUUUUUAAGUAAUAUGUUCAUGGGAGUACUUUUAUUUUUUCUCACAUUUUAUCACACAGAGUUGUCUUGGUUCAACUGGUGCCUUCCCGGGUCGUGUUUGCUCAGUCUCCUCCUCAUUCUGUGCUUCAGGGAAUCCUAUGACAGACUCUAUCUUGAUGUGGUUGUCUCAGUUUAAUAGCACAGACUUGAAGGAGUUUGAAAAGGGACUGCAAAUCGUACGGCAUACUGCACAUUUGCUUGGAGUUGCACACCUAACAGGAAAAAAAAAGGAGAAGAGAGAAGCUUCACUCAGAGGUUUUGUCAGGUUACAGAUGAUCAUAUUCAUUUCAUGACUACUAGGUAACAAUAAUGUGGGACUUGAGUGAUAAUAGGGGGCUUAAAGACUCUAAAUGGCAUACCCGUGCCUGGUUCUGGGGUUAGAAGUGUGGAUAUCUUACACAUAAAGCACUACCUAAAUAAUGCCCUCUAUGUUCUGUGCCAGUGCUAAACUACUGAUUGAUUAAUUAUAAUUAUGGGAAGAAAUAAAGGGUAUCUAUCACAUACCUUACCGAAGUCACAUAUCAGAAUAGGAAGAAAUGCCACUAACUUCUAAAGAAGUUUAAACCCUAUAUCAGAUUUUAAUUAUAAAAUAGCCAACAGGUAUAUCAAUGAUAAAAGUUAGCCACAUGUACACUACGUUUUUUCUAAUAAAGCCAUUUCUUAUAUGACUCCUUAUUUUUAAUUAGGUCGGAAACCUUUGGCCAUCUUUAUUAUGGUGAGCAAGUGCUUCCCAGUGACUUCAGAGCACAUAUUUGUGUCUCGAUCUCAACUUAUCCUUGUUUCUGUGAAAUACAGUUUCAUCUACUAGGCUCUUAAAUAAUUAUAUUAAAGGUGACUAAAUGUUUAAUAUAGUCGCAUUAAGUAUUGUAUGAAAAAUGUAAUUCCGUUCUGAUUUAGCACUUUGUUAAAAAAGUGAAAUGACAAAUCACAUAGAACAUUCUGUGUCUUCAGCCUAUAUAUAUGCAUAUGUACAUGGUGGUGUGGGAUGUAAAGUCCAGCACCAGCUGUUAUUUCCUAGGGUUGCAUUUUACUAAAUGGUCCUUGUUUGAAAAUAACAAUUUAUAACCUUGAAAUCUUCAAAUCUGUUGAGUUAUAUCUGAAUUACAUUCUUGUGUUUCAAUUCAGGUUGUUUCAAUUCAGUUCUAUAUGGAGUCAGUACAUUUGAGAGGACGAUAUUUUGCCAGUACCUGUUUUCUUUGUAUGGAGGAUAGCUUUUAAAAAAAUGACAGUUACUCAUUGGACAGCUCUCAGACAUAUAUUUCACUGUGACAUAAAAUAUGCUCUGGUGGGAUUAUGCUGUUACCACUGUUCACAUUUACAUAAUUCCCCUUACCCAAGGAAACCAAACGUUUUCUCAAAAAGACAAAAACAGUACUUUCUUUGCCUUCAUUAUUCUCAGCUUCCUUCCACCCCCUCUUUUUCUCUUCAGUUGAAAUUUACAUCUUCCUCGUCAGCCAAAUUUGUAUUUUAUUUGUCUUUUUCUGGACAGAGCACAAGCCAGCUCCUUCCAUUAGCCAUGGGGACAAAAUGCAGUUAGAGCCAGUCAGCCCUCAGUUCUGCUCCUCUCUACACAUGUACACACACCGUCACACACAGUCCCAAAUGCCCCUCCUCUCCCCUCUUGGUAAUUUGAAGGCUGUGUGUUAACUCACCUCAAUCUCAGAGGAGGACCUAAGCUUUCUUCUAAGAUCCUAAAUUGUGCUCCUUGAAAAGUAAGAAAACCCUCCCCUUCAGCAUCUGUCUUCAGUCACCUUUAAAUCAACCCCUUUAUAACCAUCCUGCUAACUUAGCAUCGAGAAUGGAAGGAACUAAGGAACUUGCUAAAGAGAAGAAAACCUGUGAAGGCUGGGCUUACUUCCAAUUAACCCUGUCAUUCUUAAAUAAAAAGAAAGCAGAUUUCUUGAAGAUGAUUGAAAGCCAGCCACUAGAGAUAGGAGUGGUCCGUGAGCCAGUGCUAAAAUAACCACCACCCCUUCCUGAAUAGACAGAAGACAGAAAGGAAAGGGAAGAACUAUGAAGUAUUUGGUUGUAGUCAGAACCACUGACUACAACCGCUGUUUGAGGACUGCUCUAUGAAAUUUUGCUAUAAUUAAGACGUGAUACAAAAUAUUUUAAUUAUAGCUAACUCUACUUCUAAUACAAAGUAAAGAAAAAUAUUAAAAAUAUUACCUAAAUGACUAUUUAGUUGAAAGACAUCCCAAGUGAGUAGUGAUCAAAAAUUCCUACGUUGUACCAGACACCAGCCAUUGUCUUAGCAUACGUGAGGUGAGAUGGUCCUUCCAGCUCAUUCAUAUCUGGCAGAUGCUUGUUCUGAUCACAAACUGCCAUGUUUUAAGUGAUCAAAAUUUCAUAUACCAAACCUGAUAUAACCAAAGGGCUUUGGAGGGUGGGGGAAGAAGAUUACACAGUAUUUCCUGAAUGUUUCAAGUCAUAUUUUUUUUUUCACUUUGUGUGAUUAUUUCUAGCAUGCAUAAAAAUAGACCAGCUGUUGUCUCUGUACUUUCUAAACAAAUACUGCAGAUUUGUAAUGAUAUUUUAUAAUGAAAGAAGUCUUAACACUCCACUAAGCCAAGCCCUCAUUUUAGAAUUUAUAGAAACCAUCCCAGAAAGGUUAAGGGUCUUGCCGAAGGUCACAAUUCUAGAUAGUGACAAAAGUAGAAUCAACUAAAACCCACACUGUCUGACUCCCAAAGCAAUGUUUUUCCCUACCUCACAAAACAUCAGCUUAAUUUGGACUUUUUGGGGAUGUUCAUGAGCACCCCUCCAUGUUCAUACACAGUGGGACUUAAGAGCAAAUCAUCAUUAUGGAGUGUGGAAAGUACAGGGGUCCAAUUGAGGUGACUGUUUUUUAAGUAAGAUCAUUCUGUUUUCUUCACCCUGUUGGUGCUCUAAGUCUUAGCUUGCAGGAACAUAAUAUAAAAAGAUUCUGAUGAAUAAUUCAAUCCUCAUAAACCAAGUCAACAGCAUUAAUUGGUAAGGACAUGUUACAGUGUAAGUUCCCUGUGGCUUAUCAAUGAAUACUUCACAGUUUAUGGGAAGAAACAUUUUUUAAUAUGGUCCAUGGUGGAGGCAUAGGAGCAAGAUAAUUACACACACAAAUGCAUUUCACUGGAGGAUGGAGCUAAUAAAAUAACAAGAGGGAAUCGAGUACAAGUAUAAUUUUGUAUAUUUAAGCAUAUAUGGCUUAAGGGCCAAGCUUUAUCAUAGAUCAUAUAUUUAUGCUUAAUUGUUGAGAAUGUUUACAGCUUGUUUUUAUGAAGCCCUUCUAAUGAGGGAUUCAAGCUAAGAGAUUUUAAAUCGAAGAGAUUAAAUUCCCAUCUACUUUAAAUUAGGUUUUUUUACUAUUAUUUUUACUAAAAUCUAGGCAUUCGUCUUGCUGCUUGCAUAAGUAGAAGCUCAUUUCAAACUCAAGAUCAAAUACAAAUGCACAGUAAAUUUACUUUAAAUUAAUGUUAAAAAUCACAUUAAUUCCACACUUGUGCCUGAGAUAAUAAGUACAGGAAUUACUAUGAUUAUACCAUCUUAUGUAAUAAGUGCAAAAGCUGUGAUAAGAAGAAAGUGCCAUAUUAAAAAAGAAACAUACAAAAAACUAUGAGGGUAUUUGACUAGGCGUGUUUUGUAGUUAGUGAAACAAUAGAAAUCCACUUUAAUUUGGAAUUAUACAGAAAGGGACAAAUUAAAGUUUAUUUCCAUACUAUCAAACAGUUCGUCAGUCUGUUAGGAAAAUAUAAGCAAUGCUCCAGAGGCAGGUGGUGUUGGACCACCCUAGAAGAACAAAAGCUGACCGGGAGAUUUUGGGGUGUUCUUUUAACAGCAUCCAUUGGGUACUUUGUGCUCAAUGGAGGUAGUUGUGUGCUCAGUAAGCAGACACCUUCGCUACCCUAAGCAGGCAUGUCCUUUCAGGUGUCUGAGACUCUCCUAGGUGUCUGCUUCCUCAAACUGACUUCCUGGCACAGGCUUCCCCCUGAACUCCACCCUAAGCUCUGAGGCAAAAGCGUGGUCUCAUUCUUGAAUACUUCUAAGGCCACGCAGCUGGGCUUCCCUUUCCUGAGCAGGACGCUAGCAUGACUAAAUCCAGAAAGAUUUAACAGUUCUCCCACAGCAAGUCUGAUAAGUUAGAAUAUUCCCUGAAAUGGGAAUGACAAAGGUCUCUAACAAGCUUUUCUAGUCAUUAUUUGCUGCAUUUUAGAAUAUGGGCUGAUUAAACUGCCUUCUGUAGUCUUUCUGUUGUGCCUUGGAACCUGGAAGACCUCUAUUAUAAUAGCUUUCCAUCUCAACCCACACUCAGAAAGUGAGAGCAAAAGGUUACCCCACCCUAGCUGUUCUUUCAUUCAACAAGGGAGAAUUACCUUAAAAAAAAAAAAAA